CUCACAACCCGGAAGUGCUUCUCCUUUACCCAACGAGGUCAAAAUGGCGGCUCGCUGCAUGUGAAGGGGACUGGACGGGAGCCGGCUGAAUGAUCGGAGAACAUGUAUAAAACACCAUGUAGCCGGCUGUCAGGUUUGGUUGGUGCUAGUGUAAAACAGAAAUUAGCUCAAAUUAUCCCUCGAUGUGAUCAGAGUGCCCGGAGUCUUAUUCAGCUGCACAGAAGAGAUCCAUCAAACUGGUCGACCUAUCAGCAGCUCAGCUUCCUUAAACGCCAGUAUGUAGCAAAGAACAACACUGAGCUUCAUCAACGUGCCAUCCUGAAACAGGCACUGGUCCUGAGCAUUGUGGAUGAGAGAGAUGACAGCAUUGAGAGGCAGGUGGAGAGAAUCCCAACCAUUGAUCCUGUGGCCACAGGCCCUGUGCCACAUGCAGAGCAAGUCACCGGUCAGACGCAGUCUGAAGCAACCCCAGCUGCAGCAGAUGUGGCUGCGCAGAAAGAUUCUGUGUCCAGCACAGCUGCGAGUUCAGAUGAGACUCCACAUAUCCAGGUGGAGACGGCUGAAGCAAGGGAGGCCCGUCUGGACAGACAGUGGAAACAGCUGAAGCUGGAUGUGGUGGAUUUACCGGAUAUCUACGCCAGACUGGCCAAAAUCAAACUUACAGCAUUGGUGGUUACGACUGCAGCAGCUGGCUAUGCAAUGGCUCCGGUGCCUUUUGACCCAUUAAUCUUCUUCGUGGCCUCUCUGGGAACGGGCUUGGCCUCUUGCACUGCCAAUUCCAUCAAUCAG